GGCAGGAUUGCAGGUAUAAGAAUGUCAGGUGUGCUUGUCUAAUCAUUCCUUACCUGGCCCGUCACCAUGAGAGUACCUGGUGGUCUCGUCCUUCUUCCCGUUUUCUUCGCCCUCGUGUCAGGUGAGGUAGACGGCAAGGUGAGAGAGUGGACGUGCAAGUACAAUGGGCAGUUCUAUUCAGCAGGGACGGUUAUCGAGUCCUACCCUGAUAACUGCGCCGAGUUGAAGUGCAUGUGGUAUGAAGGGAAGGUGAUGCUGAGGCUGAAGAAGAUAGAUAACUGUGAAUGCAUCAAGGAACGCAGACAGGACAUGGACAACGAAAGAAGAGCAAAAAUAGGAGAGAAAAAAAUUAAAAACAAUGUAAACAAGGACAUAACUAAACAAAACAUCCCACAAUUAAGAAAAUAUAAAACAAAGAGGAAUCAAGGAAACGGGAAUAACAAGAUGAGAUUGAACCCAAACAAGUGUGAAUAUAAUGGCGUCGAGAAAUGGAGCAACGCAUUCAUGGACACACUAGACGAAAACUGCAUCAGAUUAGUGUGCAUUUAUGUGCAAGGUGGACAGAACUACGUGGGAGCGAGGACACAGGAUGGAUGCACCUGUACUAUGAUUACUACAACUACUGCUACUACUCCUACUACCACCGUCACCACCACCACACCUGCUACUUCCACCACCACCGCCACCACUACCACACCUACUACUCCCACCACCACACCUGCUACUUCCACCACCACCGCCACCACUACCACACCUACUACUCCCUCCACCACACCUGCUACUUCCACCACCACACCUGCUACUUCUUCCACCACACCUACUACUCCCUCCACCACACCUACCACUUCCUCCACUACACCUGCUACCUCCUCCACCACACCUGCUACUUCUUCCACCACACCUACUACUCCAACCACACCUACUACUCCCUCCACACCUGCUACCUCCACCACACCUGCUACUAUUACCACUGCCAUCAUUCCUGAGAGUGUGCAUUGUGAAGAAGAGACCACUGCCACCACCACUGCCAGCACCACCACUGCCACCACCACUGCCACUGCCACGGAAGAGGAGCAUUGUGAAGAAGAGACCACCACCACCACUACCACAACUACUACAGCCGUUGGCUUGUGAGGAGGAGUCAGUCACCUAAUUUAUGCUCCUAACUUGUGUUCCUAACUUAUGCAGAGACCAAGGCUUAUAACUCGAAUUUGUUCAUAACUUCGUGUAAUUGCAACUUCUUUCUUCCAACUUUCUCAGCUAUAACUUCUUCUGUCUUUCUUACUUUCUUGUUCUAACUUCAUAAUGUAACUUCUCUCUUCUAACUAACUUCCUUUUCGUAACUCCUUCCCAACUUCACUCCAACUUCUGAUUUCAAACGUGUAACUUUUUUUCUAAUUUCUUCAACUUCAUUCUAGUUUUCUAAUCUAUAUAUAUUUUUUUCCUGUCAACUUCUACUUUUAACUUCAAUGUCUUUUCACUCCUUCGUUCUAAAUUUUUUUCCUAACUUCUUCUAUUACUUAUUUCUUUUCCUUCUAACUUGCUAAUUUUUUCAAUCCAUUAUUCUUGCUAACUUCUUUUCAACUUCUAUUCUUCCCGUCUAACUUCUUCAAUCUUUUCCUAAUUUCUUCACUCUCCAAACUUGGCAACAUCUCUCAUAGCUUCCUCGUAAUAACUAAUUCUAAUCUUCUUCCAUGACAGAAUUACCCCCAUUAUCAUUAAUUAUAUUUGCUUGGCGCAGGAAAAAAAGGAAAUCUAUUAAAUCAUGAGAAAAUGUUAUGUUAUUAUUGAAUAUAUUUUCAUUUUGUUUGUGGCAUUAUUUUCCCUUGUUAAUCAUUCGAUUUUGGCUGAAAAUGAAUAAAUGAAUUGAGAAAACAGUAUUUAUUUGUUUCGAGGAUGAAGGAAAGUGAUUAUGUAUCAUUUGCUAACCAAAAGAAUCGUAGCAAUCCUUUAUUAAUAUUUUCGUGGAUAUUUUAACUUUUUUUUUUCCCCCAUUGCAUUAUUAAUACCAUUUUGUCGAUAUUAUAAUCUAUGCAGCGUUAUAACAACGACACUCCAAUUUGAUUAAAUACUGGUAAGAAGAGAGAGAGAAAAAUAUU